AUGCUAAAGGUUGCUUUAGAGCUGCUUUGUAACGUAACGGCUUUCCCGUUUUUCCGCGUUGUAGAGGGUUUCCCUGUUUUCCGUUGUAGCGUGAUUCUGAAGAGAGGCAAGUGUGGAGAAUUUUCUAGUCAUAGUGACCCGGAAAGCGGUUCAACAGUUCCAGCUAAGCCGGAAGAAUCAAUAGCAAAGGAGAUCAGACCGUAUCUUCCUAGCGUGGAGAUGAGAUCUCCGGAAAGGGGAAAGGCUCAUCCAUUUUCAUCUAAAAGAAUCGCCAGUUUUGAGAACCCUUCGGGGUCUCUCUAUCGUUGGGGGGCCUUGAAAGGGCCUUAA